AUGACAGUGGCAAGGGAAGAAGUCCCUGAGACAAUAGACACGCCCAGCAAACUCAGCCCACAGGAUGACAGCACAGCGGCAGACAAAACCGGCCCGAUUCCAGAGACACUGACACAGCAGGAGAGGCUUCAGGCUUUAGCGGAGAAGAGAAAGAGACAGACAGAAAUAGACAACAAGAAAAGACAACUGGAGGAUGACCGCAGACAACUGCAGCACUUAAAGUCAAAGGCAUUGCGUGACAGAUGGCUGCUGGAUGGAGGCUUAGAGGAGGAGGAAGCAAAACGUCAACUUCAGGAGGAUGAGGCGAAGACAAGGGGCUUGGAAGAAACCAUUCUACAACUGGAACAGGACCUCAGUGAGCUGGAGAUGGAUGUGUCAGUCAUCUCCUCCUCGCCCUCAACCGUAGCAAAACUCUCAAAGAGUCAGCAGGAAGAGACAAGGACCACAUUGAAUCUUGUCUUGUUAGAUGAAAUAAAGGAGAUCACAGAUAUUAAAGUUCAGCCCAGCCCCCAUCUGGACAAAGCCAGGGCUGAUAUGCUAAGAACAGCCAUGUACUCAGUAGAGAUCACUGUGGAGAGAGACAUGGUGAUGGGUCAAACCAAAGUCUUAUCGACCAGCACGCAACUUCCCAAAGACCUGUCCAAACACGGGGUCAAAGUGUACGAGGACGAGCAGAAAGUGGUACAUGAAGUGCGCGGGAUGGACGGAGUGUUGGAGAAUGGUGUGCACACGCUCAGCUCAUCUGAGGUUGAUGACCUUCUUCACAAAGCUGAUGAGGUCAUCCUGAGUGCAGGGGGUGGAGCCAUGCCACAAUCCGGGUCUGAGACCAUAGAGAGGGAAGAGCCACUCAUGAAGGCGGAAUCAGCAGCAGCGACAGAAAGUCCAACCACCAAAAAAGAGAUAACAGGAUUGGAGGCCAAGGCAGGAGGGGCGGAGCUAAAUGUGGAUAUGUGUGGAGCCAGUGAGGAUCACCCUGUCACCAUGGUGUUCAUGGGAUAUCAGAGCGUUGAGGAUGAGGAUGAGACGAAGAAGGUCCUGGGUCUGGAGGGGACAGUAACAGCUGAAGUGGUGGUCAUCCAAGAUGGAGAAGGCAAAACCCAGGUCACCACGGCAACAGAGGUGGCAGAACAGGCCCCACCCAACGGGAGCACAGCUGAUCCACCUAAGGCUCCAGAGAUGAGUGUGCAGACCACUGAUCCUGAUGAGGGCGCUACUGAGCUCAGCAAAAAGAAACAGCCAUGCAAAUGCUGUGUCAUCAUGUAA